AUGUUGGAGCUUAUCAACAAUGGAGCUCAAAAAUCAGUGGAGCUGUUGCGCUUGGUUUGCAGAGCCCGUAAAAAUGACGGUGAGCCGCAUAGCGCUCUUUGUCGCCAGCUUUUUGCGUCUCCGAGGUCUUCAAUCUCUCGCCUUUUUCCGGUAAAAGACUGUCAUCGAAUUGCGCAAUUAUUGAGCACAUCAAGGGUUGAUGUGAAAACUUUAGACGAGUUCGACGCCUUGGCCAAAAUGAGGGGAUAUUCACUGCACCUUGGAGAGGAGCGUUAA